GUCUUAUUAAUCAAACAGUGCAAGCUAAUGGCAAAUUGGAAAAUUUUUUAUUUCCAAAUAUUGCCUCAACGGUAGAUUGGGCAACUGUUUCGCUUGUAAUUAAUACCACUGGACGUUAAGGAAUUUGGAAAUAAUUAUAAGAAUACUGAUUUUUGAAUAAAGGAAACAAUCGGACAUCGAUACAUCGGUCGCGCGUCGUCCAUUUCCAGUCUUUCGUUCUGUUUACGAGAUUGUGCGUGCUCGUUGUAAAUAAUCGUGAAUUAUAUCACUCUGCUCUACGAUAAUUGUUGCGUGUUAAUUUCGAAAAUGAAGAAAUCGCCGUUGAGUACUCCGAGCGGCCCGAAUCGCCGAAGGCACACGCCAUACAAUUGGAAUUCGCACGAGAAUGCGAAUAAGAGAGGUUAUCCGUCCGCUAGGAAAGGUUAUCAGAGUUUUCCUGCGAACGAUAGUACAGAGCAGACUUGCGGGGGUGAUUUUAUCCCUUUAAACAUUAGCACACCGGUGACACAAUAUAAGAAGUACGACAGUAAUUGGCGCAGUCCCAGAGGUGGACGCAAUAAUUCUAGUCCAGAUAGUGGAGGGUGUAAUUACAGGAACAGUUACAAUACUCCGAGAUUGAAUUGUAACAAUUUUAACAACACCAAUGUAAGGUGUAAUUACAGAAAUAACUAUUACACUCCUUCAAGAUCAAAUAGUAAUAGCCCGUACUCUCCUUAUAAACAGCCUUCUUUCAAGAAUUUUCAUAAGCAAAGAAAGGGUGACAAAGGAACGCACAGGCGAGUAAGCAUAUCAGAAUAUGUAGAUAUGCUUUCCUUCUUGGAAGAUCCUUGGGAAGAUCUAAUGAAAAAGUUAGAUGAGUCAAAAGAUACGAGCAAUGAUGAAACACCUCAAAGUGAAUCUUUCUCUAAUGAAGGAUUGAUAGACAGUGAUUCUACAGAGAAGUCUGAGAGCAAGUUACCAAGGAAUGUUAACUUGAACGACUCGCAAUGUAGUUCAGAGUCCAAAAUGGACUCUUCCAUGGACACAACCUUUGGAGAGGACACUGUAAACAUUAGUCAAACGUCAAAGGCCGAUAGUUCGAUAGAUUUAGAAAUUGGUGAUAUUUGCUUCAAUCAAGAUGAAAGCAUAAGUAGUAUCAAUGACAGUGCUCUUGAAGCCACCGGAGACAAGGAUAAUGCGAGUCUGGUCGAAUCAGUGGCAGACAUCGAUGAGAAAAAUAUAUAACAAAAGUUAAACAGUGCAAAGUGCAUUCUGAGAAGAAUGCCUUACAUGAUGGUGAAAAUGGGAAUUGUAAUGUCAAGAGAUUAGAAGCACGGAGCCGUAGCUCGAAAGUGCUGCGAUUCGUCGUAUGUGAGAGGGCUCGCAUAAACUGGUCACUGAGGAAAGAUAUGCAUCACCAUGUGCAUAUUUCAUCCCGCAGGUGUAUUUACCUUGCUAAGUGUCUGUCUUGCUAAGCAACUCUCUCGUGCGGUUCGUAAUUCAAAUAUCUAAUCGAAUGCCGAAUCGGAAGAAACAUUUUCUCGGCAGUCGCAAUUUCCACAUUCUCCAAGCUGUACAUAAAAAUACUCGUAACAAUAAUUUUACACAGUGAUUAUGUACCUUGUACAUAGUGCAUUGCUAAACACACGAAACGGUUAUCUCAGUCUUGCGAGACCGCGCGUUACAAUUAGAUGUACUAUCGAGUUUUUGAGACAUGUAAUUUUUUUCUUCCGGGAGUAGAUCAAUCGUGAAAUCAUAUCCAGUCGAGUAAGCGAGUUAAUGAUGUACUAAAGUUAAUCUCUGGAGAUUUUAUUUUCACAACUUGGCUGUGAAAAAGGGUGUAUAGAAUUUCCAUUAGAGACGUUAGAUGUGUGCAAUUUCGUAGGGUAUACCGAGUCUGUUAAGUGCAGAAGGACUUAGGGAAACAAUAUGUAAACACCAAUUUCGGACUAGCGAGUGAAAUUAUUGAUAAUUACUCGGAGGAGGAAAAAUUAAUCGUAAAUCGUAUUCUGUGAAAUCCAUGAAUUUUGUAACAUGUAUGCGUUACAAAUGUCGUAACGUUCAUUCUCUCACAUUGUAAACCAUGGGUUUUACCGAAGCUUCUGUUGGGGUCGAUUUUUCAAUGCUCACAUAUAUCUAUGUUUAAUGGCUCAACAUUUCUCGUUGGUUAAACGCGCACAGGAUAGAAAGGAGAAAACUGUUUCACGUAGUGAUAAGUUCGUGUAUAAUAUUUGUGCAACUAUCUCUCAACAUUACCGUACGCAUAAAAAAGACGUCCAUAAAAAUCAGGAUAUAAAGCCGUGUUACGUCUCUCGGAUAUAAAGUUUUUACGAAUGGGAAAUCGGAAAGUAAACGGCGAACACGUUCAUCGGUACUCGAUUUUAAAUAAGUAGCGUUAUUCCUCUUCAGUCUAUCACUCCACAUAGCAGAUGAGUGAAACUUACCGUUAAGACCAGAAUCAAGUUUCCCUGUUCUCUGAGAUGAGAUGACAGACUACAUUCAGGAGGAAACAGUCGAAAAGACAAGAAAAAAGAAAAAAAAAGAAAAAAGAAAGGAGAAGAAAAGAGGAAGGAAAGAGGGACAAAAUGAUGCAAGAGACGCCGGCCUCCUGCUUAUUUCUUGAACUUCUUAAGAGCGUCGAUUAGUGAUUAGUGAGACGACGAGUCAUGGAAAUCGGCUCGAGUGUUCGACUAACAUACGAACUUGAUGUACAAAUGACGAUCUGGUACAAAUAUAUAUACACGUAUAAUUUCAACAGCGUAGUCUCUCUCUCUCUCUCUCUCUCUCUCUCUCUCUCUGUCGAGCAUCUGCGUAUCACUUCUCCUGAAACGUCCCUUUCGCAGAUGCAGUAGCCAACAGGUUGCUUCGAGCAUUCCUAAUUUCUAAUCCUUUGACAUUUCAGAGCUAUCACGGUCUCGACAUUCCUCUGUCGCGGUUUCCGUCAAAGAAGCACAUUCGUUCCGAAACGUCGUUGAAUUAUUCAACUGAACUACUAAAACCUGCCGUUAAAUCAUAAUCACCCCGUAUUGUAUAUCGAGCGUAUCAUGCUUCGUCUACCGCGAACAUUUUGGACGUGCUUCAGCCGGAAGUUAACGGCGAGAGCCCGACAGAUAAUCUAAUCGAAGGACUUCGGCCUGGUUAGUUAGCGAAACUACGGAUACCAUAGCGUGCAGGCUUUAAUUUACCGAUAGUAACCGUAGUAAUCGAUAGAAAGCCACUCCUGUGAUUAGAGCAGCCGAUGGGCACCUGCCCACGAUUAUAUUUAAGCCCGAACCAACUGCUUCCAAAGCCAUUUAUCACGAUUAUUUGUUUUUUCUUUCUCUUUUCAUUCAAUCGUUCAUACAUCCAUGCACCUCGAUUUAGCACCUGAGAAGCUGCUGCUGAAGAAACCGCUGAAGGAUCGACGCAGUGAAGAAUCUACACGUGUGUAAAGUUAUAUUCUUUUUUUUUAAUCGUUACUUUUAAUUAUAUAUCAUAUAUAAGUCAAAUUGGUACAGGACGUGUGAUAGAGUUCAUUCAAUAAAAAGGUUUAGACCCGCUCGGGGCUAUCUACAAGAAGGAGCGGCUA